AUGCCUGAUAUCGAGAUGCCUGAUCCAGAGGAUCUUGGAGGCAAUGUCACCAAGCCCUUCAAGUUUGUCACAGCUGGCUACGACGCUAGAUUCCCUAACCAGAACCAGACAAAGCACUGCUGGCAGAACUACGUCGACUACCACAAGUGCGUGAUUGCAAAAGGAGAGGAUUUCAAGCCUUGCAGACAGUUCUACCUCGCCUACCGAUCACUAUGCCCGAACUCGUGGGUCAUGCGAUGGAACGACCAGAGAGAAGCUGGCAAUUUUCCCGUCGAUUUGGAGCAUUAG